AUGGCAGACUUAUUCGGUAGUAGCAGCGGCAACAGUAACAAUCACCCCCAAAUCCCAAACACCAUCAAUCACAAUAGCAACGACAACCUGGGACAUCACCUCCGACCCGACAGACCACCGACAGCCGCACCCGCGACCACCACCAACAACAUCCAGUCCGACCUGUCUGCUCCCUCGGCCUCAGCCUCAGCCGGUCCCGGUCCCGGUGCUGCCACUGCCGUGACAGCAUCAGCCUCGUCCGUGUCUCCGAAGCCAACCAAGCGGUCCUCGACAACGACAUGCGUCACUUGUCGAGCCCGAAAGGUCCGUUGUGAUGGCCGCCGCGAAGUAUGCAGCAACUGCGACCGUCUUGGCUUCAACUGCACCUACGAGGAUCCCAACUCGGACCCCAAUGGCCUCUCAUCCGGUCCAUCCUUCCCCUUACCCCGACGUCGCGUACGUCAAGCUUGUGAGAGCUGUCACUCCCGCAAGGCCCGGUGCAGCGGCGACACCCCGGCCUGCCAAAGAUGUCGUAACCAGGGCAUCGAGUGUGUUUACCGGGCAUCCAAACGAGCUCGCCUGAGCAUCCAUCACGUUCCCCGUGUCGACCAAGUUGUAAGAUCACCGACGACAUCAUCCGCUGCCGCUGCCCGUGAGCAGCAGGUACGUCGGUCACAGUCUAGAGAUGAUGGCGCUCACGACUCCGAUGCCGGUGGGCCGGAAGUCAUGGCCUCCAACACCCCAAGUACUUUCAACCAGGAACUCUCGACGUCUGAUCCCCAAUUCGAGUCGCUCAUCAGUCGAGCACUCGACAAUUUCUUUCGUCAUGUUCAUCACAUCCCCAUGCUCUCAUUCCUACAUCGUGCUUCACUCAUGCAAAGGCACCACGCUGGUGGUCUGGACCGACCACUGCUGCUCGCUCUCAUCGGCAUCACGAGUAUGCUCACCGACCUGGGGCCAGGCACGAAAGAGUAUGGCGAGAAGUGUGUCGAUGAAUCCGAGGCAUUGAUUUUGAAAAGCUUGGAGAACCCCUCAACCAUCAAGGUUCAGACACUCGCCCUCAUAAUCAAGUACCGCAUCUUGACUCGGCGCUUCUCCAGCGCCUUUGUACUCGCCGCCACCGCUGCGAGAUUUGCCAUGGCACUGCGUCUUAACCACGAGAACAGCGACUUGUGCUUCUUGGCUCAGGAAUCAAGACGUCGCCUCAUGUGGGCGUUGUUCAUGAUCGACCAGGGCAUGGCCGGCGGAUACCGAGAUCUCACCUUAUGGUCUCCCGAGCUCAUCCACAUCCCGCUUCCAUGCAACGAGCGAGACUUUGAGUUCGAUCUCGCACCACCUUCGAUGCGCAGCUUGGUCCCUCAGCCCGACGAGUCCGAGAACGACGACAUCGGUAGCCUCGCACUUCACGUACGUAUCCUUUGGGUUCGCGGCAGGAUCUUGAAGUUUGCCAAAAGAGCGGCGGCCUGCUCCAACGACGAUGACCUGGCUCGCAUGCGUGAUCAGCUGCAAGCAUUUGCCAAGGAGCUCUCAGAGUUCGCCGAAAGAUUGCCCGUAUCUUUCCGGUGGUCCGAUAACAGCUUGCGACUGCGAGCGUACUCACCGCGACUCUGCGUAUUCAUCAUGAUUCACAUCUGGUGGCGUCAAUGCCAUUGUGAUCUGUACCGCUUAGGGCUCGUCGGACUACGAGACUCCCUUUCACGCACUGCCGCUGAACGGCUAGGACCCGACUUUAGCGCCCAAUGUCAACGGCAAUGCUUCGAACAUGCCCUGGAGAUGUCCAACAUGUUUACCUCCAUUAAGCAGUUGGACCACUACCCUGUAGCAGACUUGGAUAUGCCUGUCUGUGCUUAUCAGUGUGUCCGCAUGCUAUAUUAUAUCUAUCAUCUCAACGCGGAGGAGUAUGGUCUCACCCCUGACGUCCUCCGGAAGAAGGCUUCGAUCUGUCUUGACGUCACUAAGGGUUGUUGUUCCGGAACAGCAGCAAACGCAAUUCAAACCGAUCUACAGCGUCUCAUGGACCACGGUCUCUCAAUACAGGCCACGCCUAGCCGACUGGUCAGUGAAGAACCGCAUGACGAGAGAAACGGAAACGGACCGAAGCGCGUAUCGCGACUGGGCCGGGCGAAACAAGUGCAGCUCGUGGAUGAUCCGGACAGCGGUGCGCCCGCCGCCGACGAGCUCACCAAUCGGCCUUUUGGCAUCGGUGCCUGGGAAGACAUUCAAGUCGUCGAGUCGGACAAGCCGGACGAGGAGAUGUUGCCGGCGCCGCCGCCCGCUGGACCUGGCUCACUCGAGGUCAACAACGCUUUCGAGGGCGCGUUGGACAGCCUUGACUUUAACAUGGAGCCCAUGGGUCUAGAAUCCCUUGCUUGGUUCUCCAACGAGUGGUCUCAAGGAGACUUUCAGGACUUUCAAUGA